GUUUUAGGAGCUUUUUGAGAUUAAAUAGAAGAAAAUACAAAACAUUAAACAUGUAAACAACACAAAAGCCAUAUUACACGCAGACUACUUUAGGCCCGGAAGUAGGAUUCGUCACCUCAUCACUUAACGACCGGAUACCCUUUGAAUUGUUUUUCUGCGCCAGUUUGAACAUUUCCAGUUUAGAAAUAUCUCUAUUUAUAGAAGGAAAACUAAACUAAAAUCAGGCUUUAUUUGACAAGCAUAUGCUGGCAUCCAUGAAAGAGUGAAAUUUAGACGCAGACACUCUCCCAUGAUGCCAGUGGUUUUACUUGGAACCCCUGUUGGUAAUGACACGUGGUUUUUCAAACCUUAGCUCAUGAUUAAUAGUAGGUAGGUCAGCUACCACCUCCAUAGAGAACAACCUUCACUAGGGUUUAAAUAGCUGGGACUCUCCACCUUUUUGUUUUUCAAGCUGUACAAACCUCUUGGAUGAGAAGUGAAAUGUUUUAAAGGAGUCCAGCUGCCUCUCUUAAGACAACCAUGACCUGAUUGACUAGGAACCUACACAGACAUGGAGUCAGCAUGUCUUGUAGAUUUCAAACGACAUGCAGAUAAUAUAAAGACUGUAUCCAGUCUUUGUUUAUCUUGGGUCUGUGUUUGUGUCCUUCCCGGCAGAUAGAACAGUUCAUUUUACCUGAGAUUUACUGCUUAAAGCACAUAUGAUAAAACACUAAAUGGAUCCAGGCAAUCAAGAUUUGAGACUUGCAACAUAAGAAAAUGUAAUUUUUCAGAAGUUGACCACGCUGCAGCUGUCAGCCAGCGACCAGGACAGCGAGCGGGCGAGCGAAACUAAACCAAACCCAACUUUUCCCACCGCUUUGUCAAGGAUCCCACCUUGACCUUGCCACCUGCCUGCGUGCCAUGGACGCCCAGCUCUCAAUGCCACCGUGGCUGUUCAGAGAGGAAACAUCAGUCCUGGUUUCUCAGGUUCUUAAUCCUGAUCCGCCUCAGAGCACGUCAGACUGGAUCGGUAAUCACACCAGCAGAGUCAGGAAGUGUGGUUCCCAGGGUUCAGAGCUGGACGGCUCCCCUGUUGCCUCUCUCAGCGGGGAUCAGUCCAGUCUGGGCCUGCUGCAGGCAAUGUGGGGUCAGGUGGAGCUGGAUUUGGUUGCACUGAGCCCUGAUACAGCAGCAACAUCUGCACAGAGUCCCAAAAAGCACAGGACACAAAGUCUCACUGGAUUUUCUGUGGCCUUGGUCUCUACACUGGGACGUUUGGUGCACAUCCUUAAAAAGAGGGAAGAUGAAGCUCAGAAGGAGGCACAGGAGAAGAGAAAACUGGAGGAGGAGCUGAAAGAGCAGCAGAGGCUCAUUGAUGCUCUCACUGCUGAAACCAUGACUCUGAGAGAGGAGGCUACAGCCCUGCAGGCAGGGUUACAGCAGCGGACGGCAGAGCUGGAGCGGAAGUUGGACACAGUGGUGUUGGCGAUGGGAGGGCUCGGACUGCUGAGUGAACACAGUGGCCAAACCCCACACUCUGAGGUUAAAGUUGCAGGCUGUCAGUCUGCGACGGGUGCUGAGCGAGUACCUGUUUCCUCUGCUGUCCUCCUCUCACCACCUCAACAGCGGGACCACUUUCAGCAUGUUCCUGCAACUUAUCCUGCGCCACCGCACCAGCAGCUUCCUGCUGUUGAUCUCCUGCACUCCUAUGGGGACCUCCGCGCUCACAGCUCAGACUCUAGUCUCAGCAGUCUGCCCCUAGUUCAGCUUCCCUCUGCUUCCUCGCUAUCGCUGACCCCUGACCCUCUUCGCUCACAGAGGUCUCCGGGCACAGUGCUAGCUGAGAUUGCUCAGCUGAGCAGAGAGACCGAUCUUAUCAGGGCUCAACUCAGCCAGGCAAAGGGCCUCGGGUCAGGGGUCAGAGAAUCGCUCGACAGUGGCAAUGAGAGAAGAGGGUUGAGCUGCAGCAGCACCGGGAGAGUAACACCUCAGAGCGCUGCAGAGAGCAGGAUGUCUGGGUCCAGCUGUAAAGAGAGGCGUAGCCAGCAUGUGUGGACUCCUGAAGAACAACAGCUGACUCAACAGUGCAAACAGUGUGGAGCAACGCCUCCUGGAGCUGAACAGGCAGAGCGCUGCAGCCCGAGGUCGACUGCUGGAAAUAAUCGAGCAACAGAAGCGAAGUGUUUCAGCCAGAGUCUCACCCUCUGUCUCCCUGAUCCCAGCUUCUGCCUUCAGCCCGAAUCCAGAAUCCACAGAACGCCUGGAGGCAUCAGAGCUGCUGCCUGAGCGGGAGCUCCGGUCACACAGUGGUGGCGGUGAGGGUGAGAGGAGGUGAGUAUCAGAUCGACUCAGAGAGGGAUGUUAUGACAAAGAACAGCAAGGUUCUUUUUCCCAUUUCUUUUCCAGCACCUUAAACAGACACAAGGUGAUGAUGUCAGGAAGAAGAACUGACUGAAGAUCACAUGAUAUAGAUGAUUAAUUAUCUUUGCUGCAGGUUUGCUGGCUCUGAUGCAUCUUCUUACAGUUUUGGAAGAUAAACUAGGGAUGGCAA